AUGACGGAUAACAUCAAAUUGGCCGAUUACCUGUUCACCCGACUGCGCCAGUUGGGUGUUGGCUCCGUCUUCGGUGUCCCCGGUGACUACAACUUGCGUCUGCUGGAUUACGUCGUGCCUGCUGGCCUGCACUGGGUGGGCAACUGCAAUGAGCUCAACGCUGCGUAUGCCGCCGAUGGCUACUCUCGCAUCAACGGCCUAUCGGCGCUGAUUACCACCUUCGGCGUCGGCGAGCUGUCUGCAGCAAACGGCAUCGCAUGUGCUUACGCUGAGAGAUCCCCCGUCAUCCACAUCGUUGGCACCCCUCCGCGGCCUCUCCGGACCUCGCGUGCAUUGAUGCAUCACACUUUCGCGGACGGCGAGUAUGGUCGUUUUGCUGCCAUGGCUACUCACAUCACCGCUGCUCAGACUGCGCUGGCGGACACGCUCACGGCGCCAGAUAAGAUUGACUGGAUCUUGCAGCAAGCGCUCAUCCACAGCCGGCCUGUGUAUCUUGAACUGCCCGAUGACAUGCCCGGUGUUCUUGUUUCGGCGGCAAACCUGAAGACCCCUAUCCGUAUUCCAGAGGUGCCCAGCCCAGACCAUGAGGAGCAGGUCCUAGCCCGCAUUGUGGAUCGAGUGUACAGCGCCAAACAACCCGUCAUCUUGGUGGAUGGCGAAAGCAGAGCACUUGGAAUCUUGGAUCAGCUUGACACUCUCAUCAAAACGACGAAAUGGCCCACCUGGACCUCCGUCUACGGCAAGGGACUCGUAAAUGAAUCCUACGACAACGUGUACGGCUUGUAUGCCGCUGGAUUUGGUGACGAGCCAUCAAAGGAAUACUUCGAGUCCGCAGAUCUCAUCCUCACAUUUGGCCCACACUACAGCGACACCAACAGCUACUUUGGGACCACAAUCCCCAAGGACGCAGCCGCGAUCACGUUCAAGGACAGUACCAUUCAAAUCGAGAGCGAUGUCUACCAGGAUAUGUCCCCCGCUCGCGUCUUGGCCGACCUACUGAAGAAAAUCGAGAACGAUUCCCGAGUCGUCAGACAAGGAGGACCCCCGAAGCAAGAGGUGACCACCAGCGACAUCAAAGACACAGACGUCGUCGCCCAGAACAACUUCUACCGCCUCAUCAACCCAAUUUUCGGCGAAGGCGACAUCAUCCUCACAGAAACCGGCACAGCAGCCUACGGUGGCCGAUUCUUCAAACUACCCCCUAAAGCCCGAACCUUCGGCGCCGUAACCUGGCUCUCAAUCGGCUUCAUGCUUCCCUGCACACUAGGUGCCGCCCUCGCCAAGCGAGAACUGAACCAAGCAAGCGGUGCCUCGAACCAAACGACCCUGAUCAUCGGGGACGGCAGUAUACAGAUGACAGCCCAAGAAAUCAGCGUGAUGAUCAAGGAAAAGCUGAAUAUCCUGAUCAUCAUUAUCAACAAUGAGGGUUACACGAUCGAGCGUGUAAUUCACGGUCGCAAACAAGCGUACAACGACGUGCCUUUCUGGCGGCAUACGCAGGCUCUGAAUUACUUCGGAGCGGACGAGGAACACGUUGCACAGAACACGUUUACGGCGCGGACUUGUGGCGAGUUGCGGGAGGUUCUGAAGAAUGAGCGCGUGCACAGUGGGCAGGGAGUACGGAUUCUCGAGGUGAUGAUGGACAGGGAGGAUGUGGAGGGGCCGUUGCUUUAUCUGUUGAAUAAGCAGAAGGCCGAGGAGAAGGAAGGCAAGUAA